AUGCCGGAGGAGUUCUUGCAUCGCAUCUACCUGACACCUCAGAAAGAUCGUGUCGGUCUCCAUCCCUCCAUCCUCGAAAUGGAUCCCAAGGUAGCGGAAUCAGCUAACCCGUUACCGCCCCUAUCCCCGCCUAAGACCUCCGUGAAUCCAUCCGAGCCAAACGAAUACAACACCGACCCAUACAACACGAGCCGCAGCAAAGGCAGAUUCCGGUUCAAAAGCUCCUCGGGACACUCAAAACACAGCCACACCUCCAGCUCAAGUACAAGAACCCACCGAAAGCGUCACAGAAGCCGCCGCUCCAGUUCCCCAUCGAAACAUGCCAAGCGGCGGCACCACUCGAUCACCCCACCAACUCAACCCGAGCCAAACACAAACGAUGCCUUCCGCGAAUCUCUCUUCGAUGCAUUGGGCGAUGAUGAAGGCGCUGCAUACUGGGAAUCAGUCUAUGGCCAACCAAUUCACAACUACGGCAUCCCAAAUGUCCCGAAAGGCCCAGACGGCGAAUUGGAGCAGAUGUCCGACGAGGAGUACGUAUCAUACGUCCGGGCGCGAAUGUGGGAGCGUACGCGCGAAGGAAUGAUCGAAGAACAAGAACGUCUACGGGCAGAGCGGAUGAAACAGAAGAAGAAAGAGGAGAAAGGACGGAAUGCGGAGGCUGAGAGGAGAGCUUUUGAACGGGCUAUGGAUGAUUCCUUGCGGCGGGGCGCCGAGAGGAAGAAGCUUAAAGCUUGGGAUGGGGCUUGGAGGGAAUAUCUUGGGCAGUGGGAUGUUAUCGGGAAGGCUGGGAAGGAGGCUGCAAAUGAGGCGGAGGGAGAGAAGAGUUCGUCAAAGCCUUUGCGCAAUCUGCUCUUUUGGCCCGUUCGGUCUGGGAAGAGGGCUGAUGUUGAGCCUGAGGCUGUGGAGGAGUUUAUGCGCCAUGCCCCUGGACUGGAUCUGCUGAGCAUUCUCAAGGCUGAGCGGAUUCGUUGGCAUCCGGAUAAGAUUCAGCAUCGGUAUGCUGCGCUGGGCAUUGACGAUGUUGUUAUACGCAGCGUUACUGAGGUCUUCCAGAUCGUUGACCGAAUGUGGAGCGAAGAGAGGGCACGGCAGAGCUAG